UUACGGCACUCAGCGUCAUACGUCACAGGAAGUGAGUGUGCAGGUUGCUGUUGACGCUUCCGGUUGUGGCGGCCGGUGUUUCUUUCUCAUUUUCCUAGCAGUAGGUUUGGACACUCAGCAGACAUGAGGGACGUGACCGGCUUUCUACAGCAGCAGCAGAGCCAGAGCUCGUCACCUGAGACGGCCGCGGUAUGGCACCAGAUGGAGGAGAACUACAACAAGAACUAUAUGAAAACUUCAUCAGUGAGUUUGAGCACAGGUAUGAGCACAUCAUUUUACCGGGCUAUGCACUACAGCUGUUUAGAUAGGAGGCUUUGUUCUUUCCUCUCUUUAUUUUUCUUAUACAGGAUUAACCCAUUGUCACUGGUUGAAAUAAUCCUUCAUGUAGUCAGACAGAUGACAGAUCCCACAGUAGCAGUUACUUUUCUAGAGAAGACUCGGGAGAAGGUGAAAAGUAGUGAUGAAGCAGUGAUACUGUGUAAAACCGCCAUUGGAGCUCUAAAAUUAAACAUUGGAGAUUUGCAAGCCACCAAGGAAACCAUUGAAGGUGCAGAGGAGAUGCUUGGAGGACUUGCUGGUGUCACGUCUGUGCACAGCCGCUUUUAUGACCUGUCUAGCAAAUAUUACCAGACCAUUGGCAAUCAUGCUUCCUAUUACAAAGAUGCUCUGAGAUUUCUAGGCUGCACAGACAUCAAAGACCUACCAAUAACAGAACAUCAAGAUAGAGCCUUUACACUUGGCCUGGCUGGGUUACUUGGUGAUGGGGUCUAUAACUUUGGAGAACUGUUGAUGCAUCCAGUAUUGGAAUCACUGCGCAGUUCUGAUCGACAGUGGCUGAUAGACACCCUCUACGCCUUCAACAGCGGCAACGUGGAGACAUUCCGUGCCUUGAAAACAGCAUGGGGACAGCAACCUGACCUUGCUGCGAAUGAAAGCUUGUUGCUGAAGAAGAUUCAGCUGCUGUGUUUAAUGGAGAUGACAUUCACACGGCCAGCAAAUCACCGCCAACUAACGUUUGAAGAGAUAGCAAAGAGUGCACAAGUCAAUGUUAAUGAUGUGGAGCUGCUGGUUAUGAAAGCAUUGUCUGUUGGUUUGCUGCGGGGUAGCAUUGAUGAGGUAGACAAGCGAGUACACAUCACAUGGGUCCAGCCUCGAGUUCUUGAUCUCCAGCAGAUCAAGGGUAUGAAAGACCGUCUAGAGUUCUGGUGCACAGAUGUGAAGAGCAUGGAGAUGCUGGUAGAACACCAGGCCCACGACAUCUUGACGUAGAAUCCUUUCAAUUCACCACCCAGAGAUUGCGACAGUCCCGUCUCUGCCACAGGAAUCUGCUGUAUUAUCAGCACAGUUUGGGGAUUAAAUCAGGACUCAUUUGGGAGCAAUCCAUUUCCUCUAAUAUCCGAGGCAUCCGGCAAGCGUUCUGACUUUAGGUCGAAGAUUCAGCCUCUUUGUUACGUUUUAGGUUUUGUGUCUGCACUGAGAUGGCAAAUAAACCAAUUUCUGUAAAGUUCUUAA